GAUGGAUCAGCUCAUGGGCAAGAAGCUCGGUGACAACAGCGACAACGUGACAUUCGCAAAGAAAGAUCUUCCUCAGCAGCACCGUGUCGUCAAGGGCGACUCGAUGAUGACCAUGGACCACAACCCCGAUCGCCUUAACAUCCACGUUGGCGAUGACGGCACCGUUCACAAGGUCACCCACGGUUAAGCGACCAGCUACG